UUUUUUUUAAAAAAAAAAAUGAAUUCAAAUAACGAUAGCGAAAUGUCCGAUAACUUUAGUGAUUUUCCAGCAGAACAAGUAGCUACUCCGGUUCUAGAAUCCCCUGACGGAAUUACUGAAGAAGAUUCCACUUACAUAUCCAUAACCGAGAAUGAAGAUAAUUCAGAUGAUUCUAAUGAAUCAAAUACUGAUAUUUGGUUAAUGGGAAAUAAUUCAAUUAAUCCAAUAUUGGGGAUUUAUCGAUUACUUCAUAGAACAUUGGAAAUACAAGAAGAAUCUGAUAACGAAAGUAGUUCAAAUUCAUAUUCAAAUGAAAAUUAUAAUAACAAUGAAGUUGAUGCUGAUGGUAUGAAUAAAGGCGAAAUAUUAAUGAAAUCGGGAGAAUUCGGAAUUAUUGAACCUUCUCCGGAUAAAGGAUUGAAUGCAGAAAAGUUAUUUUCAAAGAAUGCUUGUCAUCAGCUUAUGUUAAGAGAAAUAUUACCAGGUCGAUUUUCAAAAAUUUCUUUUGGAAAAAAUUUUAGACCAAAUACUAAUGGAGAAGUUGCAGUUAAUUAUGGUGUAAGAGCAUAUUCAGGACAAUAUUCCCUAGAUGGUUCAUUCUUUUAUACUUGUUGCCAAGAUUUUCGUGUACAUAUUUAUGACACUACAAAUCCUAAUGUAUUUAAAGAAACGAAAACAAUUGUUGGAGAUGGAAGAUGGACGAUUACUGAUGCUAAUCUUAGCUCAGAUAAUCAAUGGUUAGCAUACACAAGUAUUACACCAAUUGUAUAUUUGGCAAAGACGGACCCUAACGUUGAUUUUCAAAUACCUCUCGAUUUCUCCAAAAGAUUGUCAUAUAAUUAUGGGUUAUGGUCAAUUCGUUUUUCAAAUGAUUCUAGAGAGUUAGUUGGAGGUGCUAGCGAUAGUAGAAUUUAUGUUUAUGAUAUCGAGACACGAAAUGUCCUUCUUCAAUUAGAUGGACAUGAUGAUGAUGUCAACGCAGUAUGUUUUGCAGAUGAUUCAUCUCAUAUUCUAUUUAGUGGUAGCGAUGACACUUAUAUUAAAGUUUGGGAUCGUCGAUCAAUGAGAGGUGGUAAAGAAAGCGGUGUCUUAGUGGGACAUACUGAGGGAAUUACUUAUGUAACCGCAAAAGGUGAUGGAAGAUAUUGUUUAUCUAAUAGUAAAGAUCAAACAAUGAAAUUAUGGGACAUUAGGAUGAUGGUUUCCGGUGAAAGAUUUGAGAAUAUGCAAUUGGAAGAUUAUAGACAAGGGUGGGAUUAUAGGUUAAAUAAUUAUCCUGGUGAUCGGCAUUUUAAACAUCCCCAAGAUGUGUCUGUAAUGACAUAUCGUGGUCAUAGUGUAUUGAAAACAUUAAUAAGAUGUCACUUUUCACCGAUAAGUACUACCGGACAAAGGUAUCUUUAUACUGGAUCGGAAGAUGGCCGUGUCAGAAUUUUUAGUCUUGAUGGUCGCAUAAUACAAUCUUUAGAUGUGAUAGAAGCAAUACGUAAUGAAAGAAAUCGUAAUACAUCUCGGCCAAUAUAUUUACAUCGACCAGUAACAAGAGAUGUUAGUUGGCAUCCUCAUCUACCACUUAUGACUUCAACUAGUUGGUCGGGGCCUCAUCGUGACUCUGGUGUUAUUGUCUGCCAUUCUUAUAAAGAACCAGAUCAUUAAUUAAUAUAUUAAUU